AUGGAAGGAGCUCUGAUUGAUCGCGUCCUCGCACACCCGGCCGUUCAGGCCAUUGACGUCAGCCAGCUGGAGGGUUGGCAAGACCUUGGGAGGGUAUUCGUGAGGGCAUUUAAUGACAAGGGCCAGCGCUACCCAAUCGAUUUUGACAACGCGUACGUUUGGCUGCAGUACGGAAGGAAGGACAGUGCUCUAAGGGCUCUGAAGUGUCGUCUUGGGGAAGUUACCGACUACAUAAUCAUUCUUGGAAAGAACCAAGAAUCCAAGUCAGAGAACCGAGGGCCGGCUCCGGACAAAUACUACCUGACGAUGGAGGCGUUUUUCAUGUUUGCAUUACGGGCUUCUGGGGAGAGGGGGGACAUCGUCAGAAGAUUCUUCAUAGCCGUGAGGGAAGCAUACUUUGAGACGAUACAGGAGCUGGAGGACAACCCCAACACCCCUGCCCGUGUUACUCUGGACCGACACGAGAAGUUUGUGGACGGCCAACUCAUGGAGUUGGGAAAAGAAUGUUCCAAGGCCAUCAGGGUAGAGGCCCAAGUGCGGGACAGGCUGGCUAGCAAGCUGGUGGGGGCUCGGACAGAGGUUCGCUGUGAGUACGGUAUGAUCGACAUUCUGACAGACACAGAGGUGAUCGAGGUGAAGGUGUAUCACAAGUGGAAGCACGCUUUGGGACAGUGCCUAUCAUACGGUCUCAGCUUCUCAGACCGGCAGAUCCGGAUACAUCUCUUUGCAAACUUCAGCGAUUGGGACGAUGCUAACAAGCAGAGGGGUGCCAUCCUUGAGAUCUGCUCGAAGUUUGGCGUUAAAGUGACACUCGAGAGGCUCGAGGCGGCCCCUUCUGUGUCCACACUUAGGGCGAUCAAUCCAGCCGGAAAUUGCAACUGCUCAGCCGACAUGGAGGUAGCCCUUGCCGACCGCGUCCUCGCACACCCAGCCGUUCAGGCCAUCGACGUCAGCCAGCUGGACGGCUGGGAAGAGCUGGGGAAGGUAUUCGUAAAAUGCUUUGAUGAGAAGGGCCAGUGCUACCCGAUCGAUUUCGACGACGCAUACGUGUGGUUGCAGUACGGGCGGAAGGACGGAGCUCUUCGAAGUAUGAAGGCUCGUUGCACAGAAGGCGCGGAUUACACAUAUGUCCCAGGGGGGGUCCAACGAGAUGGGGAAGGGGUCUACGUCGCAUUCCAACCGGACAAGUACUAUCUCACUGUGGACGCCUUCGAGCGGUUUGCGAUGGCAGCACAGACAGAGGCUGGCGAGCGAGUUCGAGCCUUCUUCAGGGCAAUCAGGGACGCCUACUUGGAGCUCACUGCAAGCGGUCCACAGCCCGCCAUCAUUUCGCCAGAGGAUCCGCUGCUUCCCAAGAAGCAAGGCGUCUUGUUCAACGGCACCGAGGUCUUGCUUGCGAAGGAAAAGACCCGGCAGUUGGAGAUCGAGGCAAACGCACGGGUGUGCAUCGCUGAGAUGGACCAUGAGUACAGGAUGGCCACUCUGAGCCCGAAGCCCCCUCGCAAGCGGAGUCGAACCUCUGCAGGAGACCGCCAGGACGUUCAGGGGACUUCUGAGGACGUGCAGGAGCCCUCGGACCAGCAAUUGGCGCCCCAGGCCCCGCAUCCGCGCAGCACGGCCGCUGUCGAGGCCGUCAUCAAGCACUUUGUUGCCGAGCACUGCACUGUGGACUCCACGGAGAUUGUGGCCUCGAGCUCCUUCCUCGAGAGGCUCGUCGCCACCAUGUACGAGGGCCAGCGCGCUCCCUCCGCAAGGGCCGUGGGAGUUGUCAUGCAUAAGUUAGGCUACGAAGGGUACCGAUACUUUGCGAGGUUGAUGUUUGCUGACCUGUUGACCUCAGUCCAGUUGGAGUUGAUAAAGGCGGUAUUGUUUGCAAUAACCCCUGCGUUGCCCAGAGGGUCUCUUACGUUUCCCUGA